AUGCAAUCUCAAACAGCAAAGGCAAACAAGUCCCAGGAGGAGGAUGUGAAGGAGUUGGAGCAGGAAUUUAAACGGAAACACUUGAGCUUGCUUGGUGUAUUCGUGUGGAUAUUGUCCCUCCACGUUGUGGGCAUAUUUUUCUUCACCAAGGGAUUUCUCCUUACUCGCAUGGUCCUGGAAAACAAGUCGUCGUGCGAUGUUCUUCCAUUUACCGACUCAGCGUCGUUUUCAAAGAGACCGGGAAGCGACGGAUGCUGGCACCAGAAGUCAUUUGAUAAGGCUAUUGUGAUUAUCAUUGAUGCUCUGCGAUACGACUUCACCGUGCCAUUUGUCCCAAAUGCAGAGACUGAGAGUGCUCACCUCUUCCACGAUAACAUACCGGUACUGUAUGAGACUGCGGUCAACCACCCGAAAAAUGCCUUCUUGCUCCCCUUUAUCGCGGAUCCACCGACUACAACACUGCAAAGACUGAAGGGAUUGACUACUGGCACUCUGCCGACUUUUAUCGACGCCGGAUCUAAUUUCGCUGGAACGGCCAUCGACGAAGAUAACCUGGUUGCUCAACUACACGCAGCUGGGAAGAAUCUCGUCCAGCUUGGCGACGACACCUGGCAUGCUCUAUUCCCGGGCUACUUCGACCCGGAGCUGACAAGGCCAUUCGAUUCCUUUAAUGUCUGGGACUUGCACACGGUUGACAACGGCGUUAACGAGCACCUGUUUCCUCUCCUCGAACCACAAAACUACACUAAAUGGGACGUCAUCUUUGGCCACUAUCUUGGCGUUGAUCAUGCCGGACACCGCUACGGUCCGAAUCACCCCGCCAUGGCAUCAAAGCUCAAUCAGAUGGACCAGACCAUUCGUGAUAUUAUGGCCAAGAUUGAUGAUAACACACUACUCGUUGUAAUGGGCGACCAUGGAAUGGAUUCGAAGGGAGAUCACGGAGGUGAAUCGAAUGACGAAGUCGAUGCGGCUCUGUGGAUGUACUCAAAGAAGGGUAUUUUCGGCCGCACCAGCUCUGCGAGUCUUCUGCCACCCAAGUAUGCCCGGGAAAGAUUUGUCCCUCAAAUUGAUCUUGUUCCCACACUCUCGCUGCUUCUUGGGAUUCCGAUUCCGUUCAAUAACCUUGGUUCCCCCAUUGAGGAGGCUUUCUCUGGCCCUAGUGGGAAUGACUGGAAGAACUUGGUUGCUGUGAACCGCUUGACAUCUGCUCAAAUCAAAAGAUACCAGUAUGCAUACGCGCAAACUCGUGGGGCCGAUGACGGCCAAGAGUUUCAAUCAUUAAAGUUCCUGGAUGCGGCAGAAACCGAUUGGCACACUCUUUCGAAAAGUGGCAAGCCGAAUGUUGCAAGCCUCGUUUCUGCUUACGAGUCUUAUAAACAAUACCAACGCCAUACCCUCCACAUUUGUCGAGGAUUAUGGGCGAAAUUUGAUGUCCCGAGCAUGAUGCAAGGCAUUGGAAUCCUUUUUGCUGGCAUCGUCCUACUGGUUUUCUAUGCCCGAGGGCUGCAGACGGACCGAACAGAACUUACGUCCACCUUGCUUACUCGUAUCGGAGCAGGAUCUGCUUCGGGUGCAGUGAUUGGUGCUAUUUUCGCAUUUGUCGGUGUAGUUGAGGUUAAAGCACCUGAACUAAUGGCUUUCAUGGCUGCCGUUGGUAGCAUCUUUGGCGCUUCAUGGACAAUUUUCGGCUCGUCUCAACGCUUGUCUCUGCCUCUACCGAACUCGUUGUGGGGUUGGCUCGCAGUCAUUUUUACUGUCAGUCAGUCUAUCGGAUUUGCAUCUAACUCAUACACCAUCUGGGAAGAUGAGAUCCUUUUGUUCUUCCUCUCCACCUUUGGUGUUUUUGCCGGCGUGUCCUCAAUGCGCCAACAGUCAACUGCGGACAGAGUGUUAGGAGUUUAUCAUUCAAUCAUCUUCGUUAUUCUAGGGAGGGUCGCGUCUCUGUCUCGUCUCUGUCGCGAGGAGCAGAUGCCAUUUUGUCGCUCGACUUACUAUGCGUCUAGCACAUCUUCCACCUCUGCGCCAUGGCAGCUUGCCAUUCCUUUUAUUGUCACCCUUCUCCUCCCAACUGUUGUCAAGUCCUUCUACUCUGGGUCAAAAUCCUAUGAAGGAGCGGCUAGCCUUUGGAUUGGAAUUGGAUUUCGUCUUGGAUUGUUCGUCACCUCUAUUUUCUGGACGCUUGAAGAAUUUGACGACAAUGAAUGGUUGCCCCUUGGCAAGGAAACUCUGAAAUCGAUCCGAGUGUUCUUAGCUCAGCUUGUUCUUGGCCUUGCAUUUGCUGCAGGUACAACUGCCUUUCUAUACUCGAAACCAUGUGUUACUGUCAGUGUCGCCCAAAGCGGCCCUGAACCAGAAACAAAGAGGCCGUCAUCUCCUGGAGCACAGCAACCAGGACGAACGACAGUCACAAUCCUGGGGUUUGGCAAUGUCUAUGGAACCCGCUUUUUCUUUCUUGUCAUCAACUUCUGCCUCGGUAUUAUCUUGAUGCAAAAGCCUAUGGGCCAAGGCGCCAUGGGCCUCCUCCUCUGGCAAAUCCUUUCCUUGCUCGAAAUUUUGGAUACAAAUGCGUUGGUAAUGGGAAACUCCGCUAUUGGUCCCGUCGUUUUAGGUCUUCUCGGUUCCUUCUACUAUUUCAAGACCGGCCACCAAGCUACUCUUAGCAGCAUUCAGUGGGAGACGGCUUUCAUUGCCUUAUCCACAAUCAAAUAUCCCUGGUCCCCCAUCCUAGUGAUCCUCAACACCUUUGGUGCUCAAAUUCUCACUGCAAUUGCUGUUCCCCUCACAGCCCUCUGGAAACGUCCUCUUCAACUCCACGACAAAACUGGCUCCCAAUCAUCCGGAAAGCCGAAGAACCCUGCAACCAAACUCCUCUCCGACGUUGCGCAAGCGGCCUGUACCUAUAUUCUAUAUUUUGCCACCAUCAACUUCGCAACUACGAUGUGGGCUGGCCAUCUCCGUCGCCAUCUCAUGCUGUAUCGUAUCUUCAGCCCGCGAUUCAUGCUGGGCGCAGCUGUUCUCGGUGUUGUGGAUAUCGUACUAAUCUUGUUCUCCGUAGCUGGUGUGCGAUGGAGCACAUUGAGUGUUGGAGAAAUUUUUGGCUGGUAG